AUGGUCUCGUCACAGAAUCGUAUAUAUGAAGGCUCACCAAAACGUAUGGCUAUUGCCUGGGGUGUGAUGCUUGUUUCAGCUUUCUCAGGAUACUUUGUCCUCAAGUCGGUUCUCCGCGCAAGGAAGAAAGACUAUAUUACCAUGCAAGCGCAGCUGGAGAACGCUGAUGCAGGGAAGAUCCCAAAGCAGUUUACACAUGUGGACAAUCCGAAACAAAAAUCCCCUGUUGCACAACUGUUUGCGAGCUUGGAGCGGCAAUGGGACAAGAAAGUAGCUGGUAAAUAA